CAGAAAUAAUGAUGGUUAUUACAUUUGGUUGCUCUUUAAACAAAAGUAACUUUAGAUUGAGGUUGUGACAAUAACUAUUGUACCCAGUGCAUGAUGAGGCCAGACUAUGUUAUCAGGGGUGAGAGUGUGGUUACCUCGUUAUGUAGAAAGGAUACAACUUUAGUAACAGGCUCAGAAGAGGGUAACAUAAAGCUAUAUGACACUGAAAUAAUGAGACCCACUGCUACUUGGAAGGCUCACAAAACCCAGGUGAUGUGUAUGAAGAACCAGCAACACGAUGGUAUUCUGUCCCAAGGUAGAGAGGGAGCUCUGACCCUGUGGAAGGAGGGCCAGUGUGUUAGAACCAGUAGUGUUGCCAGUACUGGCUUUUGUAGGUUCGCCUUGUCUGAUGAUCAACGGCACUGCUUCGUCGGUCUGGACGAGAAAUCAAAGAUCUCUUGUAUUGUUGCUGAUAAAUUGAAUGUUGUCAAUACUUUUCAACCUUCAGACUACAACCAAAAAGGAAUGUGCUGGAGCGUUGCUGUCAGAGGAAACUAUGUGUAUCUGGGAUAUGAGAGUGGGCAAAUUGUUUUGUUUGACUCCCGUCAUCUUUCUAAACAGGUUCUUGAGGUGAAGGUACACGAUGAGAUUGUCACAGCAUUAGAUGUAAUAGAUAACAAGAUAAUAUCUUCCUCGCCAGACUCUACCAUCAAGAUAACGUCUCUUAUAACUGAGGGGAUGGUAUCUGAAGGAACACCUUCUAAAGAAGAAAGCACCGUCAGUGGAGAUGAAAACGCCCUGGAGUCAAUUGUCAACUCCUUAAAUCCAGCAAGAACGGAUCAGAAAUAUUCCGCGGAGGUAACCCACACUGUUCCAUUGGAAUGCAAGGGUUCCAGUCACAUCAGUAUUCGAGGUGAUGGUAAACUGUACGCUGUUUCGGGGUGGGAUGGUGGUUUGAGACUUUAUAGUUGCAAGAAGAACAAACUGUUGGGUCUUGUGGAGGCUCAUAAUCCAGAAACAAUAACUGAUAUGAUGACUUAUGAUAACAAGAUCGUGUGUAGUGGCAGGGACUGUAAAAUUAGUUUCUGGACUUUUUAUUGACUUUCUUGGACUUUCGAAUUGACAUUUGAAGAAAUUUUGAAUUAAUUCUGAAAUUAAAUUAUUUUGUGUCCUAUUUAUAAUUGC